GGCUGCUUCGGUUACGGUUCAACUUUGUUUUAUUUUUUUCCGCUGGUUAUAGGGAGGUGGAUAUAUACACUCUUUUGGCGUUCUCUGGCCAAGCAGUAAACGGUUAAAAACUGAACGACUAUCAGCGAUAACCUGCUUGUUGGUGCAGUUCUUUGUAUGUCAUCUGUAAUUUCUGAAUCCGUUGGAGUCUGAGAUAUAAUUUGCGGACAUUUUCCGAGGCAGUUAGCUGCUGGUGGUCGUUAGGUAGGCGACAGUGGAAAAGCUAAUGGGGAGAGUUAGAUGAACACGCCCAUGCCCCAUGUGAUGAGCCAUUGUGUUGCUGAGUCACAGACAUGGACAGCUUCCGAAACCUGGAGGAUGAGACAUUUCCCAGUUUCAACAUGUCUUUAGGCAGCAGUGGCCGGGCCACUCUGGGUGAUGUUACACUGGGCUCCACUCUCGGGGUGCCCAUGGCUGCUUCGACUGUAGCUAAAAGUAGAGCUACAGCAGACAACAGGUUAACUGAUGUCCAAGCCUCCUACUUAGAGCCUGGGCUGCUUCCUCUAGCAGGUUCCCAAGGCUCAAGUUGUGGAAGGGAAAAGUUUGCGCUCAGCUUCAAAGAUGAUUUGGACAGUGCAGAUGACUUCAUAGCUGUUAAUCGUUUUUCUGGCCUGUUAGUGAAAGUUAAUUUGGAUGAGUCAGAAUGUGUGUCCAUCAAUAAACCCUCAGCUACAGUGGAAGCAAGCGCUCCGUCCGCUUCAGGCCGGCCCUCUGAUUACCCUGAUGAUAUUUCUACUGGCCUCUUGACAAUUUCUCAUGUUGGAGGUAAAGAAACCAUUACUGGUCAGGCUGUGUUAGCUCCAAUACCCAUAGAAGAGGGUCCAGAGAGUGAGGCAGUGGACAGUGAUGGGAUGAGUAUCACAAGCUUCCUGGCUAACGAGAAGCUCAUGUCACUCGAUAGCAUGAACAGUGAUGUUACAGAUGAUGAUAUUGAUGUAGACAACCUGCAUGAUGAUGAGUUGCAGCUGUAUUUCAACAAGCUCAUUCCUCCAGCCAUGCAGAGAGGACGAGUGGAGGGUCAAGAGAUCCCAGCUGAAUUACCUGACAGUAAAGCUGGUUCAUCUCAGCCCCUUGUUACUGAACAAGAUACAUCGCCCAAAAACCGAUGCAACUUUCUAAAUGACUAUAAGGGGGUUUUUUGCAUGCCUGAUGUGCGGCUAGCUGCCACAGGUAUGGACUCGUGUCCUGCUAGUGAUGAAGACACAGAAGAUGAGCUGGAAGCCUCACAGAACCGUAGCAGAGCUCGAUUCCUGUUGCCCAGUACCUCCAGGCAACUGGUUGGGGAAAGCCAUCAGCCUCAUUUUAGGCCAGGCCUGGAAGGGGGAAGCUCAGAUGAUGAGUCUCAGACAGGUGCACAAUUUGCAGACUCCAGGACAGGCAUUGAACAUCGGUGCUCUGCUGAGGGACAAGUGAUUGACUUGCCAAUAACGGGAGAUGGUGGAGGGGGUGAUGGGAGCAGUGGUAGUGAGGAGGAUGGAAAUGAUGGAGGUGUAUCUACAAUGCCCCUACCCACUGGUGUCCAGACCACAUAUGAUGUGCUACGGGGACUAGGAAUUGUGGGAGGAAGUGGGACGAGCGAGGAUGAACUACUCUCACAGCUCCCUGGAUUAGGCCGAUUUGUCUCAAAUGUGUAUAGCCAGAUGGGAGACCGUGAGGGUCCAGUUGGGACAGUUGAAACUGAGUCGUCAGUUCAAAGUUCUGGACUGACCCGGCUUCAUCCAAUAAACCAGAGUAUGAAUCCUGAUAGGCAAGAGACUCUGAAUGCCAUGGAUAGUUCAGAUGCGGGUGCAGGAUCUCUGGAAGAACGCUUUGACUCUGUGUACCUUAGGCCUGGUGUUGCGUGUAACCUACAGGACUCAACUUCAGGUGCUUCUGUACUUCAAGGCACUCAGAAUGCUUUUGACUUCUCUUUUACCAAAAACCCUCUUGGAGAGAGCAAAGCGGGAGUCGAUCAAGGGAAUGCCAUCAACUUUAGUGAUCUUGGUCUCCGUGGAGGCCCUUUUAGGAACUCUAUUGGUUUUGGCCAACACUCAAACAGCAAUGAGGAACAUUUAGGAGAAACUCUUGAAGUCAAGUAUCUCUCACAAAACCACCAAAAUGAGGUUAAGCAGCAUAAUAUUUGGAACCAAGAGUCAUGUCCUGAUGAUGUGGAACUGGAGUUCCAGCAAGGUGCCAAUGAUACUCAUAGUGUUGUCUACCAGAACAAGGAUGGAAAAUGGGUGACUGAUCUUGCCUACUACUCCUCUUUUGAAAAGGAGACAAAUAUUCCUGAUGAUAUUGCAAACCAGUUGCAGUCUGAAGACUUUGUUGGCGGUGGUCAGGCAAUGGAAAAGAUUAUUGAGGAUCAAAAGGAGUUUGAGAAAGAGCAUCAGUUCAUGCAGGAGGAACAGAUUGAACCAGGUAACAGAAGCGAGCUUCUUGGUGACACCUCUUGGAAACUUCCCACUAGUAGCCAUGUUCUGAUGAGAUCCUCCCAAGUCUCAACUGAGUUUGAGAAGGGGAAUCAAAGUUAUUUGCGUAUUUCCCUGGGGGAAUUUUUUCAGCAGAGAUCUGAGGCUUUGGGCUGUUUAGGUGGCAAUGAAGAAGACAUUAAAAGGCCCUCAUUUGGAUAUAUCAUUAACUCUCCUGAGAAGAGGGAGCCCUUUGCUUUGAUCCGGCCCUCUGAUUUCUCUUCAAGAGGAAGCUCAGUUCACAGUGAAAUUGUCCAGCUCAGUGAUGUAGAUCAGACUAUGAAUCCAGAAGAUUUGGAGAAGACUCUUGAACCUAUACCAGCUGAGCAUCCACAGAAGGGUCUUUCACAGGCAAAAGAUGUACAAAUUUCGCCUGUCCUGUCACUGGAUCAUACGGGGAAUUCCAGUCAAAAUCAAACUCCAGUGGAAUCAAAAUCCAGUGGAAGUUUAUCACUUAGUAUCAGCACAAUUGCUUCAGCUAUUGCAGAUGCCUCAAUCAGCUCAGACCCUGCCCAGCUUGCAGCAAUGAUCAUGGAGUUAUCUAAAAAUAGGCACUCCAAAAGAAAGAGGAUGGGUGAACUACUUCUGACUCCUGACAAUGAAAAACUGUCUGAACAGGAUGACCUUCAGAAAAGCGUAUCUCUGGGUGACCUAAGUGCUCUUGACAUGGAGAAAUACCUGAAGAAGGCAGAAGUGUCUAGCAGUGAUAGUGAUGCUUCCAGCUCCCAGUCCUGUCUUGAUAUUCUUAGCUUGGCAGACAGUCUAGCUAACUCAUGCAGGCCUACACAGAAACAGACUCCUCCUCUACAAAACAGCAAUAGUCUUCAUGCAGGAGAGCAUUCAGAUUCAAAAGAUGUUGUAAAGAAAAGUCAGGUUUUACCGAAUAACACGUCUCAACAGACUACAGAAGUUGUGUAUGAAGUUAAAAGGUCUGAGGCCAAGAAGAGUUCUAUUCCACGACCGAAGACUACCUGCAUUCCAACAGCCACAGCUCACCCAGCCAGGAGAUCAGCAGGUGCAGGACAGUCAUUGACAUCAACACUAAAUUCUAAGCCUGUUCAAGGCAAAUCGGAAAAAAGCAACAGUGACUGCUACAUACCAACACCUGCAGGAAACCGGACUUGCUCAGAGUCCAGGGCCAAAGUGAGCACAGGGCAACCACAGGCGACCUCUUUAAAAAGUAAGGACUCAAUAUCAGACUCAUUGGCUGGCCCAAAAAACUCUGGCAGGCAAACUGUCAGAUGUUCAGAGUUGCCUUCACUAAAGAGCCCGCCACACACGCCCCAAAGCAAAAACUAUGUGAGACCGAGAGAGACAUCCUGCUCGGAACAAGCAAGAUCGCCUGGGUGUCCAAGAGCUACUCAGGUUGUUGCAAAAGAGAAACUUGCUGGACAGAAUAUCUUUUCAACCCCUGAUGCAAAUUUUGCCUCACCUGAGCGCUGUGCCUCUGUGGAGACUAGUCGUUGCACCUUUAGGCCAUCCACCUCUCCACUUACUCAUUCAAGCCCGAGCCAAACUUCACUGCCCAGCGGAUAUGAAGACCUAUCUCAUUCCUCUAGUAGUGGUAUGUGUGAGAGAAGUCCUGGAACUGACCCGCUGUCACCUCAGUCUCACUGUUCUAGUCCAUCCAUCAGCAGACUUACCUACCUGUCUAUUAAUGAGAACACUACACUCCCUACACCUAAUCAUCAGAAAAAUCAAUCCAUGUCCCUGAGCACCACUAUCAUCAGGGCAAGUCCCACCCCACCAGUUGAACCUGCUGAUGCAAAUAAACCAAUCCAUCAGACCCAUAAUGGAGAACUGAGUUUGCAAUCAUCUUGUCAUGCUAAAUCUCCUGGCUCAAAUCAACAGAUGUCAGAACAUGGCUCACACAUCCAAAGUGAUUGCAAUAUCCACAAGGACUACAGGCAUGAGUUUGGUCCAGUAAAUCACCAGUCCAUGUCUCACCCAAGUCUGUAUGCUCAAGUUGACUCUGGUUAUUCCAGCAACCUCAACAUUAACAAUCAGCCUGGGGCACUAAUGGAGCAGAAUAUUAAACAGGUCACUAACAACCCUGCAGCAGGGAGUGAGGCUUUCCUUGGCUCACAGUAUGGUCCUCCUGCUACCUCCUACAAAUCGGAAUCCUUAAGGUAUGGGCUGGCCCCAAACUCCCAGGGUGCUUUGUCAGACCUAAACUGUGGUGUACCAAACCUGCUAACUGGCCGGUCGCUCUUUAGCACUCAGGUUCCACAACAGUACUUGAGCACAGAAGGGUCAUUGCAGGCUUCAUCUUACCAUAUAGGGCCUAUGGCUGGAUCAUAUGGUGUGCCAGCUAUGAUGGCUGGUGCUGAUCCACAAAUUUCACAUGUUCCUGGAUCAACAGGUUUAUCAUCUGUCUUUAUGACUGCUGGCCAACGUCCUCAUCAGUACCCCCUCAGCAAACCUUAUGGACAGCCCAUCAUGGGGGCAUGGUCUGGACGAAAUUUGGCUGAUCCCAGAACCCAAGUGGUUGUCCCAGAUGAGCUGAAGUUUCCUGGUACAUGUUGUGUGGGUAUUGCUUGCCAGACAACACUGAGCAUCUUUAACCCCACAGAACGCUGGCAACAAGUGGCCAUAUCUACUGUAAAUCUGUCAAUCGAUGGAGAGAAGGUGGACACACUGACAUACCAGUGGCUGAUUGUGAAGAAUAAGACUAUUAUUGGACCUAAAAGCACAGAGGAGCAGAAGGUGCUGUUGAUUGCUCCAAAAGCUGGCCUGUACCAGUGUACUCUCAGUGUGUCUUCCUGGCCUGCUUCUGCUGAGAGUGAGACAGUGGCACAAGCUGAAGCCUUUGCCAAGAAAGUAGUACUCAUUGCAGUGGCCGAGAACCCAGCAAUAGACGUGGAUGUUGGCAAGAAGGGCUGUCUUGACUUUGGAGACUUGGCAGGAGGCAGUGUUAAAUCUCUGCCCCUUAAAUUGGUGAACAGGACACGAGCAACUGUACCCAUUCGUCUAGUCAUAAGUGCGAAUGCCUCAGCAUGGCAUUGCUUCAGCUUCUCUAAGAGUCCCAUCACUAUGUCUGCAGAUGGCUCUCUCCAUACAGGGGGGAAUUUGACCUCCAUUUCAGUUAUAAACCAUGUGAUGCAUUCCAGCUGUGGUGAUAAUCCAGACAGCUUUAUGGUGUGGGUUCACUUUAAUGCACCUCAGAGAUUCAGUGCAAAAUUAGGUGAAUUAGGCCCACCAGAUGAAUUCAGUGCUCGAGUCGAUAUUGAGGUGGACAACCCCGGCCCCAGUCGUGUGAUCCAAAGUGUUGUCCUUAGAGCGAGGUCUGGCAUAGCCAGAGUUCAUGCUCCCAAGGAUCUACAGACUGUUUGUCUUCAGACUCCACUGGGAAAGUCAGCCAGCCAGACUUUACCAUUAAAGAAUGCAGGCAACAUUGAUGUCCAACUUAGACUGAAGAGUAAUGAUGGUGAUAACUGCUUUACGGUGAAGCCUGAAGAGCUAUUCCUACGAACUGGAGAGGAACAGGAAGUUGUUGUUACUUUCACUGCCCAGAGCAACAGAAAAUAUAAAGAGUGUCUGCUGACGAUCCUUGUACUGCCCAGUGGACCACAGUAUGAGGUUGUCUUAAAAGGAGAGGUGUUCCAGGGGAAUUCUGGGCAUGUGACGUCUGCUCAGGUCUUAGUGCCCCAUAAUGAAGUGCCACCGAUCCUCUCCAACAAGCAGUUCAUGGCCUGGGGAGGAGUUACUCUCGGCAGAGCUGUGCAGCAGAAGCUGGUUCUGAGAAACAAUUCCCCCACUACAUCACAGCAGCUACGACUACUUGUCAGAGGUCAGGACCAGGACUGCUUUCAGUUGCAGAGUUCAUUUGGCCCUGAUGAGCGGUUGACUUGUAGCAGAGAGCUAUUAAUAAAACCCAAAGAGGAUGUGGCAGUUCAUCUUCUUUUUGCUCCAACACGUGUUGCUUCCAUGCUGGCCAAGCUUGAGAUUAAACAGUCUGCUGUGCGUCCAUCUCAACCUGGAGUCAAAUUCACUAUCCCUCUGUCUGGUUAUGGAGGCACAAGUAAUGUGAUUUUGGAGGAAUUAAGGAAACGUUCUGAAGGUUAUGUGGCCACACUGAGCGGCAUUCAGACUGGCAGAGUCAGCAAACUUUGUGUGUGCAUAAGGAACACAGGCUCCAGAGCUGCAUUUGUUCGAGCCGUGGCAUACAGUGACCUGGAGAAACGCACAAUCAUGGACUCUACAGUUAUCAGCCUGUCGCCCUCACAGUUUAUACUGAAAGAAAGGACUCAAGAGGUGAUUACAGUGGUGAUGAAAGCAUCAUCUAGAGAGCAGGCUCUCUGCCAGUCACACACUGCUCUACUCGCCACCAUCUGCCUCUUUUGUGGAGAUGAGGUCUCUCGCCAGCAAUUCAGGAAGUUAUUGCGUAUCAAGCCUGAUGUAGGCAAAAAACAGUCUGACAACAGCUUACUGAAGAGCAUCUCUUUUGAUGAGUCUUUCCUUGGUGAGGAAUUGGUUCAGGAAGCCUAUGACCUCCCCCAGAGGCCAAAUGAGGCUCAAAUUUUCUAUGGGAACAUAAGUAAGGUUAUCCUGUCACUGUUUGGUACAGUGGAAGCUUCUGAUUCAGGAGAGAGUGAACAUAUCGAGUUUGUCAGGGCCUCACAGCAUCAUGCCACAGACUCAGACAGUGGUCUGGGGACUUCAGAGCGUCACUUCAGUAAUGUUUCCCUGGACGUUCUACCAGUAAAAGGGCCAUCUCUGUGUGCAUCAGAACCUGUGCUAAAACAAGCAGAGUCUUCUGUGGUCAACACUUGGAGUGUCCAACCUGACCACCUGGUCCUCACUGCACCUACCAUCACUGGUGCAGCUGAUACUAAGAAUGUGCAGAUCCUGAACCGUUCAGAUGGUAAACUGAGAUUUGAGCUCUCCUGGCCUGCUCACUGCCUGACCAUCACCCCUCAACAUGGCAUCAUUGAGCCCCAGAGCCACUUGCAAAUUCUAAUUAGCCCAAACCCCUCACUGGCUACCAAAUCUUCUUUGCUUCCAUGGAGUGGCCAAAUAUAUGUCCAGUGUGACAAUCAGCAAAAGUUUAUCAGAGUUCAGAUUCGUCAGGACCUGGCUAUGGAUAUUUCUGCUGCUGGUUCAUUCUCGGACCGCUCCCUGUGCCCCCUGCCACCCCAGGCAGAGACCCCUGUAGGCUCAGGUCUCAAAGUCCAGUGUGGCAGCCCUCAUACUAGCGUGGAAAUUAAGAACCGCACAGUGGUCUUUCCCUCUACUUGUUCAGGAGAGUCUACAGAAUGUUCUGUAGAGGUGGAGAACCAUGGGGAAGAAGUUAGGUGGUACCUUUCAUCCUUUGCACCUACAUAUGUCAGGGGUGUAGAAGGAACUGGAGAGGUUUAUCGGGCCACAUAUACAGCAUUCAGAUGUGAGAGAAUGUCUGGGAUGCUCGGGGUCAAGGAAAAGAUGCAGGUGCCAUUUACGUUUCUCCCGCGAGACGGUGGGGACUAUGCUCAGUUUUGGGAUCUUGAGUGUCACCCAGUGACCAAACCACAGCAAAAGAGCCGCAUCCGGUUCCAGCUUUGUGGAAUGGGCAUCAGAGCAGGUUCAGGGAUGAGCCGUAAAGAAGACUGUGCCCUAGUGCGGACAGAUGUGAAUGUUAAGGGCAGAAAGAGAGUGGAAUCUUCAGGCUCAAAGACUGGUAUGGAAUCCUCCAGGAAAGGGGUAUAUGCUCCUCAGACUCUCUACAUGUUCCCUGCCACACGCGUGGGUGAGGUCAGCACAUUGAAGGUCAACUUCCGCAACAACUCUUGUAAUACCCACGAGUUAAGAUUUUUAAGUCCUUCAGAGCCUUUCUACAUCAAGCAUUCCAAAUAUUCUCUAAGGACACAGCAUUAUAUCAACCUCCCUGUGCAGUUCAAGCCGACUGUUGUAGGCCAGCUCUCCAGCUUACUGCUUGUUCAGACAGAUACAGACGUUAAACUCACCAUAGAGCUCUCCGGUGAAGCUUUACCGUAACAAUCACACUCAUUGAUUGAUUUGAAGUGUUACAUUAAUUUUUCCCUCCAUUUGAGGCAUGCAAUGGAAUGAAGACUUCAUAAUGUAAUUUAAGGGUUUUUCAAAAUUCAGACUAAACAUAAAAUACAGCAUAAGCUUUGAUUUUGCACUAUUGCCAUAACCCAAUAUGCCAGUAAGGGGGAAGCUAUUAGCAUUAAAUUAGGUUACAGGUUUUAGCUAUGCUGUGUGAUGCAGUACCGUAUGCUUCCUUGAUGACCUGGAACAGUACAUUUCUUUUAACACAAACUUAAAUCUCUUGAACACUUUGUACAACACCCUGUAAAUGUAUUAUUCAGUUAUUUAUUUUUAAAUUCUAAAUAAAUAAAGAUUAAUUCA